AAAUAUGGUCGUAUAGGUGUGUGCCAGGUAACCCUGUGCGUGGCAAGAAGCGAAGGCGAGAGAGUACGUAUUUUCAGCACUUAACGCCUUCACUUCCACACGCAUUCGAUACGCGUCUUCUAUUUUCCUUCUUCAAUUUCACCACCGCACUCUCAAACCCCAAACCCUAAACUCAACAACACCAACAAGUGUUGAUCAGAUGGCAUCAAAGCGAAUCAACAAGGAAUUGAAGGACCUGCAGAAAGAUCCUCCUGCAUCCUGCAGUGCUGGCCCAGUGGCUGAUGACAUGUUCCAUUGGCAAGCUACAAUUAUGGGCCCUGCAGAUAGCCCAUUUGCUGGAGGUGUGUUUCUUGUGUCAAUUCAUUUCCCUCCUGAUUAUCCCUUCAAACCACCCAAGGUUUCAUUCCGCACAAAGGUUUUCCACCCUAAUAUCAACAGUAAUGGUAGUAUCUGCCUUGACAUCCUCAAAGAGCAAUGGAGCCCUGCCCUCACAAUAUCCAAGGUCCUUCUGUCUAUAUGCUCUCUGCUGACAGAUCCCAACCCAGAUGAUCCUUUGGUGCCUGAGAUUGCUCAUAUGUACAAGACUGACAGACCCAAGUAUGAGGCCACUGCUCGGUCAUGGACUCAGAAAUAUGCCAUGGGCUAAGCCACUAUUUCAUCUCCAAGAUAUUUUGCUUAUUCUCUACCAUAGUAGUAAAUAAAUAGAGUUGAAUUGGUCAAAACAAAUAUGAAACUGUACUGUUUUAUGCCAGCCACUUUGAACCUUAAUAUUGGAAAAGCAGAGUUUCGUACUAUGUUUAUGGAUGGAAGUCGCUACUUAUUUUAUUUGCUUGGUUUCUAUUAAUUCAUUUUAAAUGAAUAUCCCUGUCAA